CAGCAAACAAACAACAACAAGACCUCAAAACGGUGAAAAUGAGUCGCCCAGUCGAGCAAGCACUGGCGAACCUCAUCCCGCGCCAUCCAGGUGCCUUACCUGCUGAACUCAUCGAGCUAGCUGGUUCGCUCCUCGCGCAAUCACGGAACAAAUGUAGCAAUUUGAAGCAGGAAGAGGAGGUUGCGAGGACGUAUGCUUGUGCGAAUUUGGCUUGUGAGAGAUUAAAAACGACCCUUGAUCUUCCCCCCAUCGAACCACGCCCUCCAAUCCCCCCACGCGUGUACAACAAACUAUACGCCUACUUCGACCGCACGCUCAUAUCGUCUGCUGCUCGCCAGCGAGCUAAACGCGACAGUGUGAAAGCUAGGACUACCAAUUCAUCUGGCAAAGCUUUACCGCAGCGUCUAACACCCAGUAAAGCGAAAUCUUUCGAGGGUUUCCAAAGCCAGCGGACGGGAAAGAAGGGUCUGCUAUUUAAGGGGAGGCAGGAGAAGGAUAGCAGGGUGCCGAGGUGGUUGGGUCCUGUUGUGAGGCUGCUGUGCAGAGAGAUGGAGACAACGGCGGCGAUUCCGCAUAUCCUUGCUGGGGUGGAGAGUAUACUUUGCUUGCCGUGUCCGGGGGGAGAGAGGGGUAGUGAGAGGGAGAUGGAGGGGAAGUUGCAGGCUUUGGUGGCGGCGGUUUGGUUUUUGGUGGUGGUUAGGUUGAGGGGGGCGGAGGGGCAGGGGGUGGAGACUAUGGCGAGGAAGAAUAGAGUUAGGGAGGUGCUGGUUGCUGCGAGGAAGGAUGAGGGUGUUAUGGAGAGGGUUGGAGAGGGGGAGGAUGCAUGGGUGGGGUGGGAGGAGGAAGUGCUGGAGAGGGAUGUUAAUUCUUGGAGGAAGGAGAUUGUGGGGAAAGGGUGGAGGGAGCUGGAUUGGUUUGUUAAUGUUGGAGAUGGUGUUGGUGUUGAGGGUACUGGUGAUGUUGAGCUUGAAGCUGGUACGGAUUCGGAUGUGCAGAUGGGUGAGAAUGAGGAGGUUGUGGAAAGUGCUGGGAGGAGAGCGAGGCCGGGAACUAUGAUACAGGAUAUGUACUGUGUCACGAGGGAGAAGAGGGAAGCGUUCAAUGAGUGGAAGGAGAUGAUGCUGGCUCAUAUUACGGAACUCAUGGCUGAUGGAUACAUGGAGAGGGAUGAUGUGGGAGUAAAGGCUGGCGCCCAAUGA